UCUCUCUCCGUUCGUAAUUCGAUUUUUUGAUCAUCAUAAUUCUUAAAAAUUCCUAAAAAAUUCGCGCGUAAAGUUCAAUUAAUAAACAAAAUAUUUAGUGGUUGUAGAAGGGAAAGGCUUUCUUGUGUAUGUUGGCAUCGUAGAAAUGAGUGACGAGGUCGCGACGACUUUCUCCUGCUCCAGAAAAAGCAGUAUUCGGAGCGUUUCGUCUAGCGAACGGCAAGGCGUUCACACGAUGGCGUGCCCCACGAGAACGCAAGGCGACGGUAUGGAAAAUACUUUGGACACCUGUGCAGACAAUAAUACAGCCAAGGUUAACGAAAAGCCCAUCAAGAUAAGAUUGGGAGAAGCUUUGAUCUAUCAUCCCACGAAUUUGAAGCAGCAGAUUUCGACGGCCCCAAUGGCGCCAACGGGACAAAUUGUCAAUUUAGUUCCCAACAAAACGUUGACCCAAAUCAAAAGGGACAAGCACAUUCUUCAUACUUUGAAAUCGAAGGAGCCUAAAUUCGUUCCCUACGAGCCUUACAAAGCUGCUGUCAAUCCAAUUGUUCCUUUUGCAAAGAAGAAGAAGAAAGUUUCGUCGCGGAACAAUUUGGAUAUCAACGUCAUGGUGUCACAGCUGGCUCAACUGAAGACUGAAGAAGUAAAGAAGAGCGUUUCAAGUGACAAUAAUACCACUGCCUGUGAGAUCGAAGAUGUCAUGAAAAAACAGUACGAGGCAGAGAUCCAAAAGUUGAAGGAAGAAAAUACUCAGUUGGAAAAUCAAUUGAAGUUUCAAGCUCAGGUGAAUGGGGAGUUGAAAAAUUUGUUGGUCGCUGCAGUUGGUGAAGAUUUGGAAACAAGGGUUCACUUACUGACAGAGGACAAACUGCAGCUGUCUAGAGCUCUUUUGAAUUCAGCUAAGCAUCUCAACACUCAUCAAGAACAAACUGAAUGGUUGGCUGGACAGUGUGAAGUUUGGAGGAGCAAAUUUUUAGCUAGCAGCCUAAUGGUGGAAGAACUUGCCAAAUGGAAAGCAGCGUUGUGCCAAAGAACGACAGACCUUCAGGAAUCGAUAAAAAGACUCUUGGAAGAGCGCAGUAAAGUUAGAGACACUUCUCUAAAAACGUACAGGACUUUGAGCAUUCUUAGAGAAAAUUUUGACCCAGUAGGAGCAGCCAGACCUCACGAGCUUCCCAGUACAAAUAUUAUUGAUCUUUCUGAAGGCUGUUGCCAAUUGUCCGAACUUUUGAAAACUCACUUACUCAGUGGCAUGGACAAAGUCGAUCUUCGCAGGGAAAUCAACAUAACUGGCCUCGAAAUGAAAACAAUGGCUGAAAAGAACGCUGAACAGCUACUGAUGAGCCCAAACUUGUUAUUAUCGGGCAGACAAGACGUGGCCUGCAGUGCGGUCAUGGGUGCCGCAGUAGCAGUAGGUGGACCCAGUAUAUUCCUGCCGUCAACUUUAGGAUCGUCCUAUGCUUGCUGUCCACACUGCAGUGGUGAUGUCAAGCAAGUCUGACAGAGAAGAAGUCGUCGACGA